CGUGGCUUCGCCGCCAUGGCUGCUGCAGCGGCUGCCAGCGGGGCAGGCGAGAAGCGAAAGCGGCCGAACGGCGGCGAUGGCGAUGAGGAUGAGUGCGGCCAUCUGCGUGCGAGCAUGGAGCAGGCGCAGCUGGUGAUGGAGAAGCUGCGCGAGAUUGAGAAUGGCCUCAUCCAGCGAGAGCGGGCCAUCGGCGGCACGGCAGAUACCAGCGAGCCAUCCGUAAGAGGGCCAGACGCGGAACGCAGGGAAGCCCUGAAAUGCGGUUUUGUGCGUUCCUCUGCGUGUGUGUGUGUGUGUGUUGUCGUCAGGCCGAGCGGAUGCGUGACAUGUUGGCGUUCAAUGUGGCCGGGGACACGACCGUCAAGGUGCGGCGUUCCACUCUGUGCGCCGUCAAGGGGACCGUCAUUGCACUGCUGUUCUCGGGCCGCUUCGAUGAUGCCUUCGUUCGUGACAAGGACGAGCGCAUCUUCCUUCAGAUGUUUCCUGAUGCCUGGAAGUGGUAGACAGAUGUCAUGACUGUGGAUGGCCAUGUGUGGAUCUCACACUGCCCCUCUGUGUGUGUGUGCUCCGUUGUCAAGUUGGUUGGGAAGCUCAACACAUAUGUGGGGGUGCAGACCAUCGACACCAUCGUCAUACCGCCCUCCAGACAGAACGAUACGCCAUUCAAGUGAGUGGGCCACACCAACUGACACACGCCAGGCUGCCUGUUUGUGUUGCCGUGGAUCCCAUGGUGUGGUGUGGUGUGUUUGGUCUCGUUCAGGUACUGGGUUGAGUUGCUCAUGUCGGACCCCGGCUACAAGCGGCGCGCGAACCGUGUGCAGAUCCCACCCCUCACUCAAGACCACCAGCAGCAGGGGGAGGGAGGGCAGGAGCAGCAGGAGAGCGACGCUGAGGCCCUCUCUGUGGAGCUGCCCAGUAUGAUCAGGAGGGCCAAGGAUGCCAGGGACGCCCAGAUGGAGCGCCUCGAGGCCAUCAAACCCCUGCUCAAGACGGGCGAUAGCGAGGAGGAUUCGGUAAGCCGACGAUACACUGGGAGAAAGGUGGGAGAAGGGAUCGUCACUCAUGUGUGCUGUCCUUGCUGUGCCCUUCGAGGUCAGUUGGUGUCGAUUGAGGUGUCGGGUGCCACGGUGACGGUGACCAAGGGUGUGGCCACAUCGCUGGGCGCCGACUCGACAUUCGCGAACAUGUUCACCAAGUGAGCCGCACUCACACAGACAUGCAUCCAUCGCAUGCCAUUCCAUUCUGUAUGUCAGGUAUGAUCCCGAUAGUCAUGAGGAAGAUCCCGAGUACGUGCGGCGCAUAGUAGACGUGGUGGCGAGAUCGCACAUGAUGAAGCAGACGGCCGUCAAGGCGGCUGAUGUGCGCGGGGCGGUGGGCGAGACCGACCUCAAAGGAUUCCGACACGCACUCACCAUGUAAAAGCGGCGAGAACACACAGAGCUGCUCACCACACAGUGCUCCGACGGCUGUUCUCUGUCUGUCUGUCUGUCUGUGUGUUGGUUUGUGUCAGGUACGGUUUGGAUAGCGAUCGCUAUUUGGGCCCCGCUGACGGCCUGCUGACCACCGACCACCUGCACAAGAUGCCCCAGUGGUGUGAGGGUCGGAACUACCCUGAGGCCCCCAGCAUCCCGUCGUGUGUGGGCGAGCCGGUCGUCCGCAUAUACAAGUGGGAAGGGCAGCCGACAGAUGUGAGCAUGACGGCACUCUCCCACCAUGCCUCUGUGUCCUGAUGUGUGUGUGUGUCGUGGCAGGGCGACUGUGGAUGGUUGGAGGUGGUUGGAUUUCUCCGAUGCCGUCAAGGGCCACUCCCCCCUGCUGAUCAUCUUCCGUGUGGCCGACAGCAAUGAGCUCUUCGCCAUCAUCAUCGAGGGGCCCGUCGAGGUCACCGGGACGGCCGAGAGCACCCCCGACACGAAAUCCUUCGCCUUCAAGCUGCGUGGGACAGACAGCCACCCAUAUGUGGGCUACAUCGGCUGGGGAAGCAAGAUGGACAUCGCGGGCACACAGGUGGGUGCCCAUCUGAAUGAGCCGGGCAGUCAUGGUAAUGGUCUCCUGUUCAUCCAUGUGUGCAGGAGAGAGCCGCCCCCCUCAUCGAUUUCUCUUCGCCCGACUCUGAUGUGAGGGCCGUCCUCGGUGUCGCAGGCUUCAGCUUUGGCGUCCGUCCGGCCGCCCAGCAGAUCCAGAUUGGCGCCCCAACAGCAGCCAGCGACGGGGAGCUCAAGCGCUGCCAGGGAUUCAUGCUGCAAGCAGAUCAGCCCGACGAGUGGCGGCAGUGGCAGCGGCCGGGCGUGAGGCCGAGCGACCACGGCUGGGGUGGUGACGUAGUGUUCCUGCCUGUGUCUGUGAAGGGGUUUCACUUUGAGAUUGAUGAGUUCGAGGCAUACAAGCUGGCGUGAGCAAGGGAGGGAGGGGGGAGAGGGGUACAGUAGACGGGCGUGUGGUGUGUGCGUGUAUUCGUGACGAACAUGUGCGUGGCUUUCCAUCUAGUUGUUGUACAGUUGACAAUCGCUGCGCAUCGCCUCCAUCCAGCAGGUGGAGGUGACUGCUGUGUGCCGGACGGGCAUUGACUUGACCGAUUAGCAUGCCACGCAGCGUACCGUCCACACACACUCACUCUCACUAUUAUGUACACCGAUGGUCUCACUGACUGACUUGACAGAGAGGCACGACCUUGCAGCGAUCAGCUACAGCCUGCAUGCAUGACACUUGAAUGAAUGAAUGAAUGAAUGAAUGAAUGGAUCCG